AUGGCUUUCUCCCAGGUGCAGUGCCUGGAUGACAGCCACGUCAACUGGAGGUCCAGCGAGUCCAAGCCCGAGUUCUUCUACAGCGAGGAGCAGCGCCUGGCCCUGGAGGCACUGGCUGCCCGCGGCCCUGACGCCUUCUAUGAGGUCCUGAAGAAGGAGAACAUCAGGGACUUCCUCUCCGAGCUGGAGCUAAAGAAGAUCCUGGACACGCUGGAGACGUACGACCCCGGCUCCGAGUACAUCCCACGCCACGGCAGCAGCACGGGGGAGAGCGGAGGUGAUCACAACAGCCAAGGGGAUGAGCAGGACGUGGCCCCCUCCCUGGAAUAUUGGCCCCAGAGGUCCGACCGCUCCAUCCCGCAACUGGACCUCGGCUGGCCCGAGACCAUCGCCUACCGCGGGGUCACCCGUGCCACCGUCUACAUGCAGCCGCCCAUCGAGGGGCAAGCGCACAUCAAGGAGGUGGUGCGGAAGAUGAUCUGCCAGGCCCAGAAGGUCAUCGCGGUGGUCAUGGACAUGUUCACCGAUGUAGAUAUCUUCAAGGACCUCCUGGACGCGGGCUUCAAGAGGAAAGUGGGAGUCUACAUCAUUUUGGAUGAGACCAACGUGAAGCACUUCCUACAGAUGUGCGAGCGAGCCCAGAUGCACGCCGGACACCUGAAGAACCUGCGAGUCCGGAGCACGGGCGGGACGGAGUUUUUCACGCGCUCGGCUACCAAGUUCAAAGGGGCUUUGGCCCAGAAGUUCAUGUUUGUGGACGGGGACCGGGCUGUGUGCGGAUCCUACAGCUUCACCUGGUCUGCGGCGAGGACGGACCGAAACGUCAUCACGGUCCUCUCGGGCCAAGUGGUGGAGGCAUUUGACAAGCAGUUCCAGGAGCUAUACCUCAUGUCCAAGGGGGUGAGCCUCAAGUCCAUCUCCGUGGGUGAAGAGCCCGAACCCGAGCCCGUAACACUGCCCUCCAUCGUGCCAGUGACCCCCGCCAACGCCGUGGUAAAGAAGCUGAUAAACCCUAAGUACGCCCUGGUGAAGGCCAAGAGCGCCGACCAGAUCAGCAAGACUUCAUCCGAGAACCAGGACAAAACCCAGAAGACAGACAACAAAGGCAAAGCCCUGCCCGAGGGCCAGGCGGGCGACAGGCAGGGCGACGCGGCGGACCUCUCCCUGCUCAUCCACCCCGGCCUCCUGAACCUGGAGAAAGCCAACAUGUUUGACUACCUGCCCACCUGGGUCGAGCCUGACCCUGAGCCUGGGAGCGAAGUUUUGGGCUACAUCAACAUUAUUGACCCCAAGAUAAAGAACGUGAAGCUCUCGCAGAUGAACCGCAUCAAAGUCUGCGAUGUCUCCCAGGCCAGCGCCCAGCACCGACAGAUGCUGAAGAACAGGGAGAUGGAGACCAGGAGAAACUCAGACCAAGAGCCACCUCUGGUGCCCCCCUGCCAGAGACAGACCCCACAGACCCCCAUGGAAGCUCCUGCAGACCCCGCCCCCAGCCCCAUCAAAGGCACCAACUGGACAAUGAAGCAAGCAGGAACGUUUGCUGCGUCACCCUUGGGCCACCGCUUGAAGCCACCAGAGGAGACACUGGAGGACACCAAGCCUCCAGUUCCAAAGCCGAGGACAAUCCCCGUUGGUGUCUUCAUGACCAAAGUCAUUGUGCCCUGUGACAGCAGCACUGCCCCGGAGGGUGACAGGCAACCACCGCCGGCUGACCACGCAGAAGCAAGGCAGGAACCGGAGGAGAACCCCAACAGAGCUUCAAUGGACCCCGGCCAUCUUCAGCCAGACCGGCCGGCGGCAGGGCCACAGGAGGUCAAAGGGCCUCCCUGCGCCCUCAACGGGCUGGGAGAAGAGGAGGAGGAGGAGGAAGAGGAGUACAUCACUCUCAGUGACCAGGAGAGCUACUCCAGCAGUUCUGCUGACCACAGCUACCGCCGCUCCAACGCCUCCUCCAUCUCAGACGAGUACUUCGAGGUGAGGGAUCGCUACGGGCCGCUCCGGCGAACCAACUCGGAUGUCACCCACAAUGGGGAGAUCCUUCCCAUGCAGAGGAAGCUCAGUGACCCUCACAUCAGCCGGGGCACCUUCCUCAGCCCCCUGGGGAGCCUCCCGUCCUUGAAGCACGUGCGCGUGGAGGACGUGACAAAGAGGAGGAGCAACGCCGUGGAGAUUAGGUGCGUGCUGCCCCGCACCAACCUGGAUGGCAACAGCUCCUACCCCAGCAGUGCCACGCAGGGGACGCACAUCUACCGUUACCGGCCCAGGAACCCCGCAGGCAAAGAACCAGGCAAAGAGAUCUCCUGCUCCCCAACGCAUGAAAACCCCCCCGGGGGCCCCAAAUACAGAGGGGAUGGAGCUGAGCCCAAAAAGACCAUUGCAGGCAGCCAGCCCUAUUGGCAGAGCAAAGUCUUCAGCCCCAGCAAGCCACCGCAGCCCGGCCACCUCUCCCCAAACAACCCCAGAGCAUCCAGCAAACGCUUAACCUCCCUGCCGGAAAGCCAGAAGCCAACCGAGGAGAUGAGGACACCCCUGGGCAUCCCGCUCUCCAAACUGUCCCAAUCCAAGCACCUCAAGAACAGGGUUGCGGGAGCCCCAGGUGCUUCUACCGACUCCAAAAAGAAGCCCCCCGAGACCACCAGCCAGAAGGAGCACUAG